AUGGAUACAUACAAUUUUUUAUAUGAAUUACCAUCAAUAUCAUUUUUGGAUUUUGUAUGUGAUAGAAAUUCUUUUGAUAAAUUUUUGGAAACAUCAAAAGAUAAAGAAAAAUUAGAAUUAAUGGAGAAUUUUCUUCAAACAAUAUUUAAAAAAGAGGAAUUAAAACAAAUUAUGAAAUCUAAGGUAAAAGGAGGAGCACAUCAAGCUAUUGUUAUUGAAGAUCUUUAUACUUAUGUUAGUAAAUUGUGUGCUUCACUUCAAUGGGAUAUGAGAAAAAUUUCAGAUAGUAUAGUUCCACUAUAUAUGAGAGAUUUAAUAAUGAAGAUACUUCGGUGGACUUUUCCUGAAAUGGAUGCAAAGGGUUACAAUUGUUUUUCUGAUUAUUCCAAAGAAUUAUGCUUAAAAGAAAAAGAGUUAUUAAAUGAUAAAACUAUUUUUAUAGUAUGGAUAGUAGCACAAUAUAUAUUAGUAGUGGAGGAAAAUGAGAAAAUACAGAAACCUUUAAUCAAACAAACUGUAAAUAAUCCAGAAAGAAUUUAUGAUCCUGUUUUAAAUUUUGCAGAAAAAAAUCAUAAUACAAUUAGAGAACUUUCAAAAUAUAUUCCAAAUGUUUUAGAAAUAUUUAAUGUUUUAAAAAAAGUUGUUAGUGAAUCAGAUUAUUUUGACAAUAUACCAUUACCAACAGCUGAUUGUUUCAUUUUUAAUGUUAAUAAUUGUAAAUUUAUAAAUAAUGCUGAAAAUGAAUUUUGUUCUGUGAGUGACACAAUUUUAAAUAUUAAAAUGUCAAAGGAAUCAAUUUCUAAAAAUGAAUUUUUAGCUUUAAUUACUUUUGAAGAAUGUAUCUUGUAUUUAAGUAUACUUCGAAAAAAUAUUGCUGUAAAAUGUCUGGAAGAGGUUGUAAAAUUAAUGGAUAAAGAAAAUCUUGGAAAAUUAUGGAAUGUUAAUAGUGAUAGAAUAAAAACAUAUUGUCAAAUGUUACGUGUAAAAUUACCAAAACUUUUAUCAAAUGAUGAAAAUUUAAUGGAACAUGAAAAUAUUUUUUUAAAAAGUAAUAUUUGGAAAUUAAAUAAUAAUAGUAAGAUUGAGUUAAGUUCAAAAAUAUGGAAUAAUGAUAAGGAUGGUAAUAAAGGUUUACCAUUAAAAAUUGGACUUGCAACUGUAACAGAAAAAAAAGAAACAUUAACAUUAAAUAUUAUUAAACAAUGUAUUAAAAUUAUGACAGAUCCAAAUAAUGAUAAAAGUGUUAGGGAGAAUGCUUGUAAUUUUGCUGUAUACAAAGCAUUACAUAAUAGAAGAAUUAUAAAAGAAGUUCCAGCAUGUGGUCAAGAAAUAGUGUUUCGUUUUGCUGAUAUUUUAAAAAAAGAAAAAGAUGAAGAAGAAAAAUCAAAACUUUAUAAUGUCACAUUAGACGGAAGUGAUUUAAAAGAUUAUUUAUGCUUACCAUUAAUACCAUAUUGGAAUUUAAUAACUGCUUUUAAUCCAGCAGCAAUAAAAGAUAUAAUGAUGCAAUUUGAAAAAGUUUUAUUAUCUAAUAAAUUUAAAUGUUCAUACAUGUUACAAGAAAUGUUUUUAAAAAAUAAAAUGAAAGCACAACAUGAAUAUUUGUAUAUAUUAAUGGUUAAGAUGCAACAAUUGGAAGCUGUUGGUAAUGAUGAAGGUUGGCAAAUAUUAAUGAAAAAUUGUCACAAAGAAAUUGAGGCAUUAAAUUUAAUUGAUAGUAAAAGUAAAAGUUAUUAUCAACGAUUUUUGGCUCUUGAUAAUUUGAGAGGUAGUAUGGUUUCAUGGAAUGAAAAAAUUUUUAAAGUUAGUAAAACUGAAGCAUGGCAAAAUGUUACAAAAAGUUUAGCUGAAACUGCAUGUUUAGUUAUUAAUCAUGUUGUUAGUUUUAAUUCACCAAUUAUUAUCAAUCAUUUUCUUUCUACUUAUUGUACAUUUUUACUUAACACCUGCAGUUACAAACCAAUUACUGAUAUUAAAAAACAGGACUCUUUUAAUUGUGAUAUUUGGAGAUUAUCUGAGGCUAUGGCUCAUUAUUGUAUUGCUCUUGCUGAGACAAAAUCAAGAACAUCUGACAGAGUUAAUAAAGCAUCAAGAAAUGUAUAUAAUGCUUUAAUGGUAUAUUUUUAUCAACAUAAUCCUCAAUCUUCUAAACAUGUAAAAGGUAAUAAAAAUAUACCUGCAUCAAAAAUGGGAGAAUUAAUAGAAUUUACAAAAAAUUUAAAAGAACAAGGUUGUAUUGAUCUUUUGAUAGAUUUUCUUGUUGCAUUAUUAAAUGAUGCAUAUGCUAAAAAUAAGACAAUGCUUAAUGGUUACAUUCCAAUAGAAAUUUUUAGUAAUGAUAUUAAAAUUUGGCAGAUAUUUGCUUAUAGUAAGAAUGCUUUUAAAGGAUAUAUUAGAGAUGAAAAAGGAAAAAUAGAUAUAGAUUUUCCUAGUCUUAAAAUAUUAAUGCAAAAUAUUUUUAAAAAUGCUUUAACAGUUCAUCCUCAUAAUGCAUUUUGGAUACGAAUAAAAGCAAUGAGAUUAUACUUGCAAGUUAUCUUAAUAUGUAGUGAUAAUUUUAAACAAUCUAUUCCUGAGAAUGCUGUUGAUGAUAUAAUGUAUAUUAAAAUGGCUACAUGUUGUUAUACUUUAAAAUAUCUUGACAUGACAGUGAUGAUAGCACAAAGUAUGAAAAAUCCUAAGAUGAUUAUUCAAAAUUUGCAAAAUAUUUACAGUGAUUUCUUAACAUUAGAUGCAGGAUGUGAUUAUUAUAAAUUUAUAUUUAAUGAUGAAUUAUUUGAAAACAUGACAAAAGUAUUUGAUAGAUCAUUGAUGGUGGUCAAUUUUAAAGCUAUUACUGAUGCAUAUAGUAUUCCAUUGUUAAAUCCAUAUAAUCCAACAAAUAUUCGUGUUGCUGAAGACUUUAGAAGAAAUGCUGCUUUUUGGAAGUGUGUCUGUAAUGUAUUUUUUUUAAUUGCCGAAUAA